UGCGAGCGGGCUGGGGCGGGGCUGUCCCGGGGGGAGGGGGGCUGUAAUCUGACGCGGCGCAGUACAGUGAGUCUGCUGCACAUGUACCAGCGGUGUGGCCUGAAGCGCAAGAGCGAGGAGCUGGAGCUGGAGCCCCCUGCCCCCGACCACCCCACAGCCGUCGCCAUGGCAGCCAACUCCGCCCCCGCCUCCAAGAGUGCGGCGCCGCCCGGCGAGGGGGAGUACCAGCUGCAGCAGCGUGAGCGGCUCCGCUCCCGCACACACACCUACGAGGUGCUGGAGUUCCUGGGCCGUGGCACCUUCGGCCAGGUGGUGAAGGCCUGGAAGCACGGGACCAGCGAGAUCGUGGCCGUGAAGAUCCUGAAGAAGCUCCCGUCCUACGCACGGCAGGGCCAGGUGGAGGUGGGUGUCCUGGCGCGCCUCAGCACCGAGAGCGCAGACGACUACAGCUUUGUGCAAGCCUACGAGUGCUUCCUGCACAAGGGCCACACCUGCCUGGUGUUCGAGAUGCUGGAGCAGAGCCUGUACGACUUCCUGAAGCAGAACCAGUUCGGGCCGCUGGCUCUGGGCCACGCCCGGCCCGUGGUGCAGCAGGUGGGCUCGGCGCUGCUGAAGCUGAAGAGUCUGGGCCUCAUCCACGCCGACCUCAAGCCCGAGAACAUCAUGCUGGUGGACCCCGCCCGCCAGCCCUUCCGCGUCAAGGUCAUCGACUUUGGCUCAGCUAGCCACGUCUCCAAGGCUGUUCGCUCCACCUACCUGCAGUCACGGUACUACAGAGCUCCUGAGAUAAUCCUGGGCCUGCCGUUCUGUGAAGCCAUCGACGUGUGGUCCCUGGGCUGCGUGAUGGCGGAGCUGUUCCUGGGCUGGCCUCUCUAUCCGGGAGCCUCGGAAUAUGACCAGAUUCGGUACAUCGCUCAGACGCAGGGCCUGCCGGCAGAGUAUCUGCUCAGUGCUGGAACAAAGACAGCCCGCUUCUUCAACAGAGACACCGAGUCUGCCUACCCACUGUGGAGACUGAAGACACCUGAGGACCAUGAGGGGGAGACGGGGAUCAAAUCCAAGGAGGCCCGAAAAUACAUCUUCAACUGUUUGGAUGACAUGGCACAGGUGAACAUGCCUUGUGAUCUGGAGGGCAGUGAUGUGCUGGCGGAGGAGGCUGAUCGACUGGAGUUCAUCGACCUGCUGAUCAGGAUGCUAACGAUCGACGCAGACAAGCGCAUCACGCCCAUUGACACCCUCAGUCACGCCUUUGUUACCAUGACGCACCUGCUGGACUUCCCCCAUAGCUCAACCGUGAAGUCAUGUUUUCAGAACAUGGAGAUCUGCAGGAGGAGGGUUCACAACGAUGACACAACGAACCCGAGCAAGACCCCCUUCAUCCCCCACAUGACCACCAGCGCCUCCACCAACCUCGCCAUGACCUUCAGCACCCAGCUCAACGCUGCCCACGGCCAGAUCAGUCUACAGCUAACCCAACACAGCCAGGACCUGCCCCCCCCCUCCUCCUCCAGCUCCAGUCUCUCUCGCGGCCCCCCCGGAGUCUCCGUGCUGAGCUACCCCCCCACUCUGUACCAGCCUGUGGCCCCCAGGAGCCUGGCCCUGCCCCCUCCCGCUCUGUACCAGCCUGUGGCCCCCAGGAGCCUGGCCCUGCCCCCCCCCGCUCUGUACCAGCCUGUGGUCCCCAGGAGCCUGGCCCUGCCCCCUCCUACGGGGCCACCCCUCCAGCAGCAUGCCCUCAUCGUCUGCCCCCCUGCCUUCCAGGGUUUGCAGGCAUCUCCCUCCAAACAUGUCGGGUACUCUGUGCGGAUGGAGAGCUCCGUUCCCAUAGUAACGCAGAAUGCCGUUCCCAUAGUAACGCAGGCCCCCGGUGCCCAGUCAGGCCUGCUCUCACAGCCCUGGCCCAGUGGAGCCCAACAAAUCCUGCUGCCCCAGGGGUGGCACGCUGCUGCCCCCCAUGACCCCAUGACCAGCACCCCACCGCUGAGGAACUCCCACCCCCAUGGCAACCAUUACAAUCCCAUCAUGCAGCAGCCAGCCUUGCUCACAGGUCACCUGCCCCUCCCGGCCUCCCGGCCUCUGAAUGUGGGCGUGGCCCACGUCAUGCGGCAGCAGCCAAUCAGCAGCCGCUGCUCCAGAAAGAGCCGACAGCAGCAGCUCUCCAGCAGUUUUGAGGUGUGUUCACAGCACUGUAAGCGUGUAAAGGAGAACACCCCCCCUCGCUGUGCGGGGGGGCAGAGUGACCCCCCCUCAGCCUGUGGGGCACCCCUGUCCUGCGGGAUCUGGGGGGGCCCCCACCCCCACCCCACCUCGUGCCAGACCAUCGUCAUCCCCGACACACCCAGCCCAGCCAUCAGCAUCAUCACCAUCAGCAGUGACUCCGACGAUGAAGACAACAAUAAGCACACCACCAGCACAGUGUCGGAGCAGAGGAGUGAGGUCAUCAGCUGUGUGACCGUGCAGGACUCUCCCGCCUCAGUCUCAUCCAAUAGCAACAGUCCGUCUGCCAUGGAGUGCUGUCCCCCCAACAAUAAUGGCGUCCAGUCCAAAGCUGUGCUGCUGGACAACUACUACCACUCCACCCCCCGAACCAUCAUAAUCCCACCCCCCAAAACACAGACCAGCCAGGGCCCUCCCAAGUGUAGCCACCUCCUGCCAGACAUAUCGAGCCACCAGAACUCUAUCUACAAGUUGAAAACAUCCAAUGGGGGUGUGGCUUUUAUUCAGCAGUGUUCUGGACCCCUCCCCUUUCAGCAGCAGUCCCUCAACCUGCGCCAGGUACAGCAGCAUAUGGCAGCAGAGAGAUGUGGGAGUGAGUGGCAGCUGCAGGCUUACGUCGCCCCGGUGAUGUCUGGCCACGCCCCGGUGAUGUCUGGCCACGCCCCGGUGAUGUCUGGCCACGCCCCGUACCCCUUCCAUCACCACAGCCCCGCCCACCCUCACCUAGCAGGCCAGCCCCACCCCCACCUGUACGCCUAUCCCCCGCCCCCUGCUCUCGGGUCCACGGGGGCUGUCGCUCGCCUGGUCAGCCCCCAGGGCUCCACCCGUCACAGCACCUACCCCCCUGGCCUGGUCCCCCAGAUGCCCGUCAGCGUGGGGCACCAUGUCCUCCCCUCCCCCGCCCACUACCCUGCCCCUUUCCCCCAGACCUACUUCAGCACUUCCCCUGGCUCUGCAGUCUACACUGGAUUCCCCCUGAGUCCCACCAAGGUCAGCCAGUACCCAUACCUCUAGAGCAACACUGCAGCCCCACUAAUGCUGACAUCAGCCCUCCCUGAGAGCAGGGAAGGUCAGUGGGAAGGUCAGUGAUGUGGAAAAUGGACCGCUCUGCAGGGCAAUGGGGGGACAGAGCAUUUCUUUUUAUUUCAUAUUUUUAGGAGCUCUCCUUUUAGAUUUGUGUGUCAAUUUUCAAUUUCAGAAAAAAAACCUAUAGUCAUUAAAAAAUUCUAAAUCGCCAUGGCAAUUUGUUUUCAAUAUUUGAUGCCUUUGCAUGUGUUGAUCAGUUGAACAGGACUGGACUGGUCACCGCCAACAACUCAACACAUUUUGUGUUAAUUUCUAAGGAAUUGUUUUUUUAUUUUUUUUAUUUCCCUGUGAAAUAAAGUUUUAGCUGGGUAGAAUGUAA